AUGACAAACCAGCCGACAGCCAACCAGUCCAACACAAAAAAGGAGAAGGACAAAGAAGAAACCUCUCGAGAUGACAAUACUGAGCUUGCAUAUAAGGAUGCCGGCCACUGCAGCCGUAAUACUCACAACCUGCUCCUGGGACUCACUGUUCUUGGUGUCGUCAUGGGAGCAGUGUUUGGGAUGCUGUUGCGCUACAUGAUGGUUAAAGAUGCUGCUGCUCUCACCAUGAUUUCCUUUCCUGGAGAAAUCCUCAUGAGGAUGCUAAAGAUGCUCAUCUUGCCUCUAAUCAUCUCCAGCCUUAUUACUGGUCUCGCUGGUCUUGACGCUCGCUCCAGUGGAAGGAUGGGAAGCAGAGCCAUGGUGUACUACAUGUCCACCACUGUAAUAGCUGCAGUCUUGGGAGUGAUCCUGGUUCUGGGAAUUCACCCAGGGAACCCCAAACUGAGGGGCAGCACGUCAUCCACAGGAACAAAAAACCAGGAGGUCAGCAGCCUGGACGCCUUUCUGGACCUGAUCAGAAACCUCUUUCCUGAGAACCUGGUGCAGGCCUGCUUCCAACAGGUGCAGACGGUGUUGAAACAGGUGGCGGUGGCAGCACCAAACCAAACUGAGCCCAUAGUAGUAAACAGGAAAAAACUGGAAUACAAAUGGGGCAUGAAUGUUCUUGGCUUGAUUGGCUUCUUCAUCACCUUCGGGAUCUGUAUGGGCAGGAUGGGCGAGCGUGGGAGAAUCAUGUGCGACUUCUUCAACAUCCUCAAUGAAAUCAUCAUGACGAUGGUUUCCAUGAUCAUGUGGUACUCUCCUGUCGGCAUCGCCUCUCUGAUUGCUGGUAAAAUUGCGGCUAUCGGGGACCUGGAGGUGGUUGCCAGGCAGCUGGGCAUGUACAUGGUGACCGUCAUCGUAGGCCUGGUGAUCCAUGGCGGGUUGAUCCUGCCCGCCAUCUUCUUUGCUAUCACCAGAAAAAGCCCAUUUGCUUUCUAUUCCGGCAUCUUCCAGGCUUGGAUCACAGCUUUAGGAACAGCCAGCAGUGCAGGGACACUGCCGGUUACCUUCCGCUGCCUGGAGGAAAACCUUAAGAUUGACAAGCGAGUGACUCGCUUCGUGCUUCCCAUAGGGGCCACCAUCAACAUGGAUGGCACAGCCUUGUAUGAGGCUGUGGCAGCCAUCUUUAUUGCCCAGAUGAACGACAUUGCACUGGAUGCUGGACAGAUUGUCACAGUCAGUAUGACCGCCACCCUGGCCAGCGUUGGAGCCGCCAGUAUUCCCAGUGCUGGAUUGGUGACCAUGCUGCUGAUCCUGACAGCUGUCGGCCUGCCCACUCAGGACAUCAGUUUGCUGAUCGCUGUUGACUGGCUGCUAGACAGAAUGCGUACCUCCAUCAAUGUGGUGGGUGAUUCUUUUGGUGCUGGGAUCGUGGACCACUUGUCAAAGGCGGAACUUGCUGAACUUGAUGCGGCAGAAAUGCUCCCGACAGAGGAGGAGCUAGAUUUCAUCCCUCCUCCGCCGAUCCUUACCGAAAUGGACCUGGUAGACCCCCUCAAACCUCCUGAGCUGCCACCUCGUUCCCCUCGCCCACCUAAACAAAACCAUCACAGCCAUGUUCUCUCCCAGUCUGCCACGUACUCACCUUCAUGUUCUAUCCGAUCACCAUCCCCACACUCCGUGCGUUCUCCCUCUCCGCGAUCCGUCUGCUCCCAUUCCCCUCGGCCUUUCCGUACUCACUCACCACGCCUCCUCCGCAGGACGGAGCCGGGCUACUCUGCCCUGCCUAGCCAUGAUAAUCAGAUUUCCACAUUACCACGAAGCUACAGGGAGUGGGACAGGGGACGUGACAGGCUCAGAGACAGGGAACGGGACAGAGAGCGAGACAGGGAACGGGACAGGGAACGGGAGCGACUGAGACCAGAAAGUGAAACAGAGGAGGAGGAGGACAGAGAGCGAGCUCUGGGCGAAGUGAGCGACGGUGAGGAAAGUGACGACACCGCUUACGAUCGACGGUGUGCCAUAUCACCGUGUGAUUUGCCGUGAUGGCGUUUUGGUCUGUUUGUCUAGGUUUUGUGAAAUGUUUCCAAUUCUGGCAUUAUAAUUUAGGCAAGUCCAAUGAAGGGGUGGGUAAUUUAAAUCUGGAUAAGAGUGUCUGAAUUUUUUUUUUUUUCAUCUAUUUAUUUAUUUAAUCAACAAACCUAAAAUAGUCCUGAAUGUUUGUGUACUAGCCUUUUAAUGCCCAAAUCUAAUAUGUUUAAUACUGCAACAGAAAAUUCUAGAACAUGGGUGUAUAACUCCAAUCAUCAAUGGCUGAUUUCUAACUUUUUGACGUCGCUCUGGUUGAACACACUGGUGUCAAAUGGCUAAAUCAUAUCCUCAGCAUGCAGACAAGUUCUCCAGAAUCCUGCUAAAGAUCUUACUGUUUGCUUUAGCUGUGUUAAAUAAAAGAAACCUCUAGAAGUUGUAGGACAUUGGCACCCAAGGACCAGAAUUUUUUACCUAAAAUUUACCUUUUUUAAAAUGUUUACUGACUGUCAAAAGUAAAAAUAUCAGCCCCAACUUUACAGUCUGGUUCUGUUCAAAUGUACCAUUUUUAACUGUUCAUUUGAGACCUAAAGGCAACAAAUGAAAUGUCAUGAAGCAAUAUUUUAUAUAUAACCCCACAAGAUGAUGCUGCCACCACCAUGCUUGAUAGUUAGAACUAUGUUAUUAGGUCUAAAAGCUUCAUUUUGAACCAUCCCAACUAUAC